AUGGCUCAACCACAACCAUCUCAAGAACUUAUAUUUAUUUGUUUAAAAUUUGGUAUAAAAUAUCAAUCAAUUCAAAUCGAUAAAUUUGAUCCAAAUGUUCUUGAUCUAAUAAAAAAACAAGCUGAAGAUAUUGUAUCAAAAGCUAUUGGUAAUCUUGAAGCAAAUGAUCGUCCUCAUCAUAUACAAUUAUUUCUUAUUUCACCUGAUCAUCAAACACCAAGUUUAAAAUUAAUAAAACGUGCAAGUGAUUUAACACCAGCAUGUUUUAUUGAAAUUAUUAUAUGGCGUUCAGAUCAAGAAAAUUUAAUACCAUCCCGUGAUCAUAUACUUGUUGAACAUAAUUAUAAAAAACCAACAUAUUGUUCACAUUGUGAUUAUUUUAUGUGGGGUCUUAUGAAACAGGGUAAACGAUGUCGAAUAUGUCGACAAGAUUUUCAUCAUCAAUGUGCUGAACAUUUACCAGCUGAUUGUCCAGGUGAAUAUUCAAGACAUAGUACAUUAAUGAGUCGUGCAUCAUCAAAUUUAACAAUUAAUUCAACAACAUCACAAAGUCAAAUAUUUACUGAUGGUGAUAUGAUAAAUGUAUCUAAUGACGCAUCAAAAAGUAAAGCAACAAAACGUCCAAAAAUUUUUGGUGGUAGUAAUCGUAAUCAAGUAGUAGUAAAACAUUCACCAACAAAUACAAAAUCAACAACAAUAUCAUCAUCAUCACCAGGUACAUCAACAUCAACUAGACAAAGUCCAACAAAAAAUUCAUCAACAAUACUAAAUACAAAUCAAAAUGAUUCAACUAUUCUAACAAAUACAAAUGAAUCAUCAACAUCAUUAACAAUGAAUGGUCGUAAAAAUACACGUUUUUCACCUGAUCAAACAUUACAUGUCAAUUCUCGAAUACCACCAAUACAUGUUAAACCUGAUCGACGUAAAGAUAUUAAGAUAACAAAUUGUCAAGAAAAAGAUGGUAUUUGGACAGCAACAGGACAAUUUGGUAGAGAAAGUCGUCAUAGUAAACGUGCAGAUAUUACAUAUGAUAAGAAAAAAUUUAAAUUUAUACAAAAAGAUGAACAAGGAAAUAAACAUGUUUUUGAAAUACCAGCAUCAGAUAUUGAAGCUUGUCGAUCACAAUCAUCACCUAGUAUAAUAACAAAUGGUACAUCAGAUAACAAAUCAGUUGCACCACCAUUAUUAGUAGCUAUCUAUCAAAAAUUAGCUUGUCUUCUUCUUGAUACAAUCAAUGAAGCUGUUCAAUCAAAAAAUGAUCGUCGAAUGCGUUCAUCAUUUAAAAUGGUUCGUGGACCAGAAAAUGAUUCGAAAGAUUUUGCUGAUUUAUAUGAUAUGAAUGAAAAAGAAAUUCUUGGUAUGGGUCGUUUUGGUAUGGUAUUUGGUGGUACAAUGCGUCGUAAUGGUGUACGUGUUGCAAUUAAAAAAAUUCAAACAGCCGAAUGUUCACAAAAAGAUCGAGAAAAUAUUGAACAAGAAGCUGCUUAUUUAUUUCAAUUGAAUCAUCCUGGUAUUCUCAAAUUUGAAGGCAUUUUUGAUUUUGAACAACAUAUAUUUCUUGUUACUGAACGAUUAGAUACCGAUAUGUUAAAUUUUAUUCUUUCAAAUACAAAUCCAAAAGCUCGUCUCAAUGAAGAUGUUACACGUUUUCUUGCAUUUCAAUUAGUAGCAGCUAUACGAUAUUUACAUUUUAAAAAUAUAGCACACUGUGAUUUAAAACCUGAUAAUGUUUUAAUUAAUAUAUUUCCUGAUGAUGUAGUACAUUUAAAAGUUGGUGAUUUUGGUUAUGCACGAACUAUUCAUGAACAUUCAUUACGUUAUACAAAAGUAGGUACAACUGCUUAUCUACCACCAGAAGUAUCUCAUGAUCAAUGGCGAACUGCUCGUGGUUAUAAUAAAACAGUCGAUAUGUGGGCAAUUGGUGUAAUUAUAUUUGUAAGUUUAACAGGUUAUUUUCCAUUUCAUGAAGAAGUUGAUAUAUUACCACAAUUGGAAAAUAUUCCAAAAUUAUUUCAAGAUGAUUUAUUUAAAGAAAUAACAGAUGAAGUAAAAGAUUUAUUACGUUAUCGUUUAUUAGUGCCGGAUGCUGGUCAUCGUAUGCAUUCAGCUGGUGUUAUUUAUCAUGAUUGGUUUCAAAAAUCACAAAAUUUACUUAAAUCAUGUAAACAACUUGAAGAAUGUUUAGAAAAAAAAUGGUUAACAUUAUUUUUUGAAGAAACUGAUUCAAAUACAAAUGUUCCAGCACCAACUAUUGAAGAAAGCGACAGUAAUUAA